UGCAUUCUCAGUCUUGUCCUUUUCGUUCUAUCCUACGCUUCUCCCGUGUUGUGUUUUACAGUCCCGCGCACGGCACAGCAGCCUACCUAAGAUGCCUGCUUGAUCUCUUAGCCUGCAACCCUUCACCCCAAUUAAAAGAUGCAGAAUUUACCGUCUGCAUUACUCCCUCCUAAACUUUAGUACAAGUUACCUUCUGCAACCUUGGGGUUCCAUUCCGUCUGCAAAUGGCCCGGAAUGCUUGUUUAAACUAUUUUGAAUGCGUUCGUGGGAAUCAACGCUCUGGGCGGAUAACCCCGAGUAUUGGGGCCUUGUCCCCGAAACUCCUUCUGGCCAUGAAACCCCGACGUUCUCUAGGAGUUUGGGUGUGGGUGCACAUCCCUGAGCAGCGUGGUGCUCAUCCCAAUCCCAAUCUCCCCGUUAUAUCCUCCAGACUUGUUCGGCUCGACUUGUCAGCGUAUCGCGGGGAGUAUCCCGGCGAGACUUACCGCACAUGACAGAUUCCCCGCAGGGUCUAGGAUCAUGCGCGAAGAACCCAUCCCAGCUGAUAUCUUCGUCGACGGAUGUGGUUAUAGCAAACCGGCAGGAUAUACUCGCCCAACACAGGCAAAGGGGUGGGUGGGAGGCCCUAAGUCAGAACCAAGAGAAAUCAAUGUGAGAUAACUCGAAACGGCCUGGCCUGUUCAAUUACCCAAGCUGGCCAAGAGGAAAGGCGCAAUCAAUGAGACCAUUAGUCA